CCAGUCAUUCAGAGGUAUAGCUAGCAUAGAUCGAGAUCGUUACAUCCUGUGGAGCCCAUGGAGGGCACAAGAGGGGCAGGGGUCUAGAAGGGCGGAUCUUCUCUCACCAGCUGGCUUAGCUGCGUCACUUGCCUGCGGAUGAGACCUGCGUGAUAUUGUCAGCUGUGAGAGAUGUGGACUCAUGUUUUCCUUGACCUUUCUUCACCUUGAGGGAGAGCGGAAUGGAUCCUGGUUGUUAACUCCCCACCUCCUCAGCCUUGGGACAGUGAGAAAAGUUCGGCAUUGCUUAUGGUGGGAGUGAGAGAACUGGGGCCGGUUUGCAGCAGGCUUACUUAUUAAACCAUCGUAUCAAAGGCGAGCCGCAGUCUGACAAGAAAUGUAACCUGAGGAGAAAGGACACUAGUGCGUUUGAGCACACCGAGGGAUUCUUGCAUGACCUGUCACUCUUUCAGUGCUGUAGUCUGAGCAGGUCUUACUGGUUUUUACUGAAGUGGUGGGAGCUGAAUGGGGUGUGGGCUCAUUUCUAUUCGUCCACAGACAUCUCCGCAAUUUUCUUUUCUCUUUUUUAAUUCCCUCCUGGAUAUAACUUGGAGAAGUAGUGUCCAUCAAGUUUGCUGCCACCUGGGAUCAACCCACCUGAAUCAAUUUUGGAGGAUACCCUUGCUGCAACCCUCUGGACGUGCUCCUUGGAGGAGAAGAAGCUAAAGCAAUUUGGCAUCAUUGCUGUAGUUUGAGGAAACACGUUUCUUUUGACUUUGGAGAGGGCUACCGGGAGGAUCUGUGUGAUGUCCUAAUCUCCCCCCAUUUGCCCUGCUGAGCAUGGGGUAAUGGUGUUUGACCAUGGUGGUCACUCAGUUACAAUUGGAACUGUGCUUCCAUGGCAAGAAGCUGAGAGGUUUCACCUGCAAGUUGACCAGGUCAGCCAGUGGAUUUCUCCCAGAGACUUCGUUCUCCAUUGCCUCCCAGAUUUUCAUGCCAUUCCUUCUGGCUGGUUUGGGCAUGGUGGCUGCUGGCCUCUUGAUGGAUGUUGUUCAACACUGGGAUGUGUUUCGGACAAUUACAGAAGUUUUUAUCCUGGUUCCUGCCUUGGUUGGCCUGAAGGGUAAUCUUGAGAUGACGCUGGCAUCCAGGCUCUCUACUGCUGCUAACACCGGACAGAUGGAUGAUGCCCAGAAGCAAUGGAAAAUGGCCACCUGCAAUUUAGCCCUUAUCCAGGUCCAGGCCACUGUGGUGGGUCUUCUGGCUGCCGUUGCUGCUGUGAUCCUGGGAGCCAUCUCCAAGGGCUCCGUGGAGCUGAGCCAGGCUGCUGUGCUGUGUGCCAGCAGUGUCACCACAGCCUUCAUAGCUGCACUUUCUCUUGGUCUGGUGAUGAUUGGCGUGAUCAUUGGAGCAAGGAAAGUUGGGAUCAAUCCAGACAAUGUCGCCACACCCAUAGCGGCAAGCCUUGGAGACUUGAUAACCCUUUCGCUGCUGGCGGGAAUCAGCAGUACACUCUUCAAAUACAUAGAUAUAAAAUACCUUUCUCCUCUGAUCUGUGCCGUCUUCAUUGUCAUGAUUCCUCUCUGGGUUGCUAUCGCCAAACAAAGUCCUUCCCUUGCCGAAGUCCUGAAAUCUGGAUGGCAGCCGGUCAUUGUUGCAAUGAGCAUCAGCAGCAUCGGAGGGCUCAUCUUGGACAAAACCGUUACUGACCCAAACUUUGAAGGCAUGGCAGUUUUCACACCUGUGAUUAAUGGUGUUGGAGGGAAUCUGGUCGCUAUCCAGGCCAGCCGUAUUUCCACGUUCCUGCACUUCUGGAGCAUGCCUGGAGUUUUGCCAUACAAGAUGAGGCAGAAUUGGCCCAACCCAUGCACCACAUUCUUCUCAUCAGAGGUGAAUUCCAAGUCAGCCCGAGUCCUGUUCCUCCUGGUUAUCCCAGGGCACCUCGUGUUCCUCUACACCAUCCAUCUGCUGCAGGGAGGCCACACAUCUCUGUCGUUCACCUUUGUGAUGUUCUAUCUGACUGCUGCUUUGCUGCAGGUGGGGAUCCUGCUCUACGUGGCUGACCUAAUUGUGCGCCUGAUGUGGAGGAAGGCACUGGAUCCAGAUAAUUUCUCCAUCCCCUACCUCACUGCCUUGGGAGAUCUCCUGGGCACCGGGUUCCUUGCCAUCUGUUUCCGCCUAGUUUGGUUUGUCCAUGGUGCAGACAUGAACCUGGGGAACUGAGAGACCAUAAGCUGCUCCACAUCACUUGUGCGACACGGUGCUUUCCUCUGGGACAACAGGGUACUUGGCAAUGAGCUCUGGGUCACCUGGCUGGAUUGGGACUCCCCUGCCGCCCCCAUCAACUCAUCCCUCCUCCCCGUUGUGCCUUACAGCUGGGCUUGCCCACCCCGACGAAUCAGCACCCACAAACUUGUGCCCUUGCAAGCGAGCAAGCUGGUUUUAAGCAGUACCCACUGCUCACAGCUGCGCCCAGCAAACAAGGUAUUAGGGAGCAUUUGGGCCAUUUGUAAUGAAUGAGGAUUUUGAUCUGUUUAAGCCCCUAGCACCAAGACAGCCUGAGACGCUGCUCCAAAGCCUGAUGAAGUCACUGCAUCCAAUCCCGCAAGUGGAUGUUGCAACCUCUCCAUUUCCCAUCAAGGGCAAUUCUUUAUUCGCCCCACUUUUCUCUCCCGUCAUGUCCUCGGAGGAGGAGAGCGACUAGGUCUUUCAACUUGUCUCCUUUUCAUCUCUCAGAUGCUCAGGAUCUGAUGCAGUGAGCUCAUCGCUGGCUUGCGCCAACUGGAAGGUUAUCUAGGGAUACCACCUACCUGCCCUGGCAACGUCAUUGUUGUCUGACCGACAAGCUGGAUUGAUUGCAUUUUGGGGGUAGGAGGGUUUGUUUUUACGGUUUAUGAAACGUCCAGUAGUUAAAAUGUUUAUAGAAACACACACACAAAUAAAGUGGUUAAAAAAAAGGUAAUGCUGUGGGUUUGGGGCUUGUUUCUUCUUGCCAUGGCUCUACCUGUUUCUAGUUCAAACUUGUCAGGUAGAACUUCUUGCUUGCUUCUUUCUCAUCCUUUAAGGGCUGGACAACAUAAUUUUAAUAGAGUUUCAGGAAAAUCCAAGCCAAGAGCAGCCUUUUGCAACCCACAUGCUUCAUGUUAGAAUUAAAGCCAUUCCCUCUCCCACAGCUGCCAUCCACUCACUAACAGUUGCUUAAUGAUGAGUCCAGAAUCUGUGUACGCACAUAAAGACCAUGUUGGGCUGGGUAAGGAUUCGGCAAAUGACUCCUUAGGUCCUUGCAAUCAGGGUGGCUAUCUCAUCCUACCAGGAACAUGUCAGGGAGGCUUGUGGGGCUGAAAGCAGCAAAUUCUCAGUGAAAUCGAAGAAGCAGUAGGAUCUGCCAGAUAAUAAGGUGCCCAAGAGUCAGGAGUUGAGGAUGUGGAUUAAACUUCUGAAAAAUGCCACUGGGCCUUGACUUUAAUAAUUAUCUGCAUUUGUAUGUGUUGGAGGAGGGAAAGGGAGAGGUCAGGUCCCCAGACUGCUGGCAGACAGAUGCCUGGUAAACACUUAUAUUGGAGAUGUGUUGGGUGCCUACUGGCCUUGGGUGUUUCUUUGCUCCUGGUGCUGUUCCAGUCUACCAGAACGGCUGCAAAGCUAAGGUCCCUGCAUGAAAUCAACACGAGGCUGAAGGUUCCUAAUACCAAAAGCUCUGAGCUGACACUCAUGAAGAAAAGCACUCCCAGAAAAAAAUACAAGCUGUUUCUUUCCCCCUCUCCAAGCCUCCUCUUCCUUUUUUGUUAUGAUGGAUAAAUUCCCCCAUGCUGGCUGAGCUGGAGGGUGUUGUGCACACCAGCUUCAUGGUGGGGGAGAUUUCAGCAUGCGAGGCACAUGCUUUCCCCCGUCUUGGGCCUCGCUGCUUUAUCUCUCGCUGCAGCCUGUGUGCUGUUAGCUCCGCUCGGCUGCGCUGCUGUUGACCCCAAGCACCCACGUGUGAUAAUUGCAGCAGCAGCAGCUGUGGGGGCUCGUGGGGAAAGCAAAGCGUCUGAUUGCUGGUCCCAGUUUGAGGUGGCUGCAU